AUGGCUUCUGCUCCAGUUUCCUUCUCUGAAUUGAAAGCCGGCCGCAACUCGCCGUCAAUCGUUGCUAGGCUCCUCCGUUUCUGGGAGGCCCCGUCAAUUAACGUUUCCCGGCUUAACACUUUCAAGCACCUCCUUAAUAACGGCGCCAUCUAUGCGCUUAGUGGGUUCGACGUCACCAGGAGUAACUCACAUUUCAAGUUAUGUGAUUCCCCUGUUUGCAUCCGCUUCACAGACAACACUUCCUUCGAAGAAGCCCCUGAAACUAAUUUCUCAAUACCAACCGAGAUGUUCCGGUUCAGAAAUCAUGAUCAACUCCUCGCAUUGGCUAACACAAACUCCGAACUCCCAGACAUAAUCAGCGAGGUGACCUCCAUCAAGACAGUCUUAAAUGAAGCCACAAACAUCCCCGAUCGAGUCAUGGCCCACAUUCGUCUGGCGAGGUAA